GACUCCCGACGCCCGCCUCGCGUCAGUCGUGCGUCGGCUGUCGUGUGGUACGUACGUGUAUUGUUAUCUGCCGCUACACGCGAUAAUGCAGUGAUAUCGCGUAAAAGUGCUCUAGUGAUUUAUAAACAGUAUGGUGACGGGAAUUGCCAACGGGCAGGCCUCCAAUCCGGUCGCAAUGGUGAACGGCAACAUGACUUCUCCAGUUCCUACUGAACAGAAGAAGUCUUCUGGAGAUAAUAGAAGGAGCAAUAAGCCGAUAAUGGAGAAGCGGCGACGGGCGCGCAUCAACAAUUGCCUCAACGAACUCAAGUCGCUCAUAUUGGACGCCAUGAAGAAAGACCCAGCAAGACAUUCGAAAUUGGAAAAGGCGGACAUCUUGGAAAUGACGGUUAAACAUUUAGAAGGGCUACGCAGUGAAGGUGUUGCUUCCCCGGACAGAUUUAGAGCGGGCUAUCGUCACUGUCUAUCAGAGGUCGCGAAGUAUACUGGAUUGGAAGCGGGACUUAAACGGAGGCUGGUGAGACAUCUGGAGGGGUGUGUGACACCGGGAGCCAGGCCAGCGGCGGCGCCCACACCGCCAUCCGACAACGAAGAUCACACCACGCCACAGCAUUCGACUAUAUUUAUCUCGGCUGGUCCAGGAUCAGGUGUGAGACUCGUCCCCACGAGGCUGUCAAAUGGUGACAUCGCCCUCGUCCUACCAGCAGGAGUCAGUACGAGCACGCUAGGAGCUCUACCUACCCUGGUGCCUCUAUCGCCGCGUGAAGGUACUUCAUCGACGUCCUCUGAAGCACGCUGCUUCUCCCCAGCCAGCUCAGGUUGGGGAACCCCACCACCUAACGAUGAACCAGUCCCUCUAGCACUUAUCACUAGAAGACAGUCCCCAGAAGAAAAACCCUGGCGACCUUGGUGACAGGAACUUUGAGUGUAGUUAUUUCUGUGAUAUAUCGUAAUAUAUGUAAAUUUUUAACGAGUGAUAGUUUAUUAAAAGUUCCUAUUAAAUGUAAUUUAAUUUUAUUUGAACUGUAUAAUAAUUUUUGAAACUUGCUUGGUCAGUACAUAAAAUGGUGCCGUCACAUUUACCUAAAGUCUAGUGAUGUUGCACAUUUCAAUUUUAUAAGUUAGUUAAAAAAAAAAAUAGAUUAGUGUUUAAUAUUAUGUAUAUUCGUGGAUGACAUCUGUGGCAGUAUUUCGCAAAAUGGGACCCCGCUGUCCCUUGUAUAAAAAACAUAAAUAUUUUUAAUUUUAUAUGCACUAAGUGCCAUCUACAGUAUAGGUAAUUUAUAAGUUACCUUUAGCUGUUUGAGUUUUAGUUUAUUUUGCGGUUGUAAGUAGGAGUUUAAUUAAAAAUUUUAUUAAGCCAGAGCUAAUCUCACAGAGGGCUAUAAAAUGUCACGAGUGCAGCGAAAUUUAUACCGACGUUCGGUCUAUGUUUAUCGAGAUCGUUCAACGAGUAAACAUUGAAAUCGUUUUAUUUUGCCCUAUUGCGCAUUUUUCUACCCAUUAAAUUGAUUUUAAACUGUAUAAGGACUCAUUACUGAUACAUAAUGUAGCAUUAUACAGCAUUUUGCUUAGCAUUCAGAAAAUUAAGUAGGUUAACCCCAAAACGGAAAGUAAUAAAGCAAUGAACAUUAAUUAUUACUUUAUUUUUACACUUUGGAGCACAAUAUGAAGUUAUUAUUUACCGAUUUAAAAAAAAAUAAGUAUAACUGAAAAAUUUGUUAAAAAAAUUUGCAAAAAAUAUUCGACAUUCUUUCGUCAUGCCGGACCGGACCGGCCGACCGGCCGGACCAUAAUUGUGAUUAAUAUUGUGGUUUAAUUUUUUUUUUUAAUUAUUACUAUAAUUUCUCUUAGUGCCAGGAUAGUGACUUGUGAGAUUUUCUCUGUAUAGAUAUAAAGAAUUCAUGUGCCUUAAACAACAAAAUUAUUUAGUCUUCCAUUAAUAGCACUAAUGUCGCCAGUAAAGUAACAAGAUUGAUUUGACAGCUAUUAAAUGUAAAUAGACCUUCCUAGCCUUAAAUAUAAUCUUAGAUUUCAAAAUUAUUUUAUGUAUUUAAAGA